AUGAAGAGCGCCCUCGUCGUCGCGGCCGCCCUGGCGGGGUCUGCCCAGGCCGGCAUCCACAAGAUGAAGCUGCAAAAGGUUCACCUGGAGGAGCAGCUGGCUGGCGCCUCCUUGAUGGAUCACGCCGAGCACCUCCGCAACAAGUAUCUGGGCGCUCGAUCCGAAGCCCAAAAGUUCCUGGGCUCGCGCCCCAAGACCCAUGCCGACGCCAUGUUCAACUCUGCGCCUCCUGUGGUGCAAGGCGAUCACCCCGUCCCCGUUACCAACUUCAUGAAUGCUCAGUACUUCUCCGAGAUCACUGUUGGCACGCCGCCACAGACUUUCAAGGUCGUGCUGGACACGGGAAGCUCCAAUCUUUGGGUGCCCUCAACCCAGUGCAGCAGCAUUGCCUGCUUCCUCCACUCGAAAUACGACUCAUCGUCGUCGUCAACAUUCAAGAAGAACGGGUCUAGCUUUGAGAUCCGCUACGGGUCUGGAAGCCUGUCUGGCUUCGUUUCCAACGAUGUCAUGUCCAUCGGCAACCUGAAGAUAAAAAACCAGGACUUUGCCGAGGCCACCAGUGAGCCUGGCCUCGCCUUCGCCUUCGGUCGAUUUGAUGGCAUUCUUGGUCUCGGCUUCGACACCAUUUCCGUCAACAAAAUCGUCCCUCCCUUCUACAACAUGAUCAAGCAGAAGCUUCUGGACAAGGCCGUCUUCGCAUUCUAUCUCUCAAACAACGACGAGAAAGGCAGCGAGGCCGUCUUUGGCGGAGUUGACAAGGAUCACUACAAGGGCGAUAUCGAGUACAUUCCCCUCCGUCGCAAGGCGUACUGGGAGGUCGAUUUCAAGUCUAUUGCAUAUGGCCAUGACGUGGCCGAGCUUGAUAAUACGGGCGUCAUCCUGGACACUGGCACUUCGCUCAACAUGCUCCCCAGCUCCAUUGCCGAGAUGCUGAACGCGCAAAUGGGGGCCAAGAAGGGCUGGAACGGACAGUACACGAUUGACUGUGCCAAGCGCGACAAGCUGCCCGACAUCACCUUUGCGCUCGGCGGUGCCAACUACAGCCUGCCCGCCUCGCAUUACAUCCUCGAAGUCUCCGGGUCCUGCAUCUCCACAUUCCAGGGCAUGGACUUUCCCGAACCCGUCGGCCCGUUGGCCAUCCUGGGCGAUGCCUUUCUCCGAAAGUACUACUCUGUGUACGACCUCGAAAGGGGCGCUGUCGGCUUGGCUUUGGCCAGUUAG